AUGAUGCCGUCCCUUGUUCGCUUCUCAAUGGGUCUGGCGACCGCCUUCGCCUCGCUGUCCACAGCACAUACCGUCUUCACCACGCUUUUCAUCAACGGCGUCGACCAAGGGGACGGGACCUGCAUCCGCAUGGCCAAGAAGGGCAGCGUUUGCACCCAUCCCAUUGCUGGUGGCCUCGACAGCCCAGACAUGGCUUGUGGCCGAGACGGACAACAAGCCGUGGCAUUCACCUGCCCAGCCCCGGCGGGCUCCAAGUUGAGCUUCGAGUUCCGCAUGUGGGCCGACGCCUCUCAGCCCGGCUCUAUCGACCCAUCCCACCUCGGCUCGACGGCAAUCUACCUCAAACAAGUCUCCAACAUCAGCUCCGACUCGGCUGCCGGCCCUGGCUGGUUCAAGAUCUACGCCGAGGGCUACGACACAGCCGCCAAGAAGUGGGCCACAGAGAAGCUCAUCGACAACGGCGGCCUGCUGAGCAUCGAGCUUCCGCCCACUCUGCCGGCGGGAUACUACCUCGCCCGCAGCGAGAUCGUCACCAUCCAGAACGUCACCAACGACCACGUCGACCCGCAGUUCUACGUUGGCUGCGCACAGCUCUUCGUCCAGGGGCCUCCGACCACCCCCACCGUCCCGCCAGACAGACUCGUCUCCAUCCCGGGCCACGUCCAUGCCUCCGACCCGGGGCUGACCUUCAACAUCUGGCGCGACGACCCCUCCAAGACGGCCUACACCGUCGUCGGCCCGGCCCCCUUCUCCCCCACCGCCGCCCCCACCCCCACCUCCACCAACACCAACGGGCAGCAACAACAACAACAGCAACAGGCGAUAAAGCAGACGGACGGCGUGAUCCCCGCCGACUGCCAGCUCAAGAACGCCAACUGGUGCGGCGCCGAGGUGCCCGCGUACGCCGACGAGGCCGGCUGCUGGGCGUCGUCGGCCGACUGCUUCGCCCAGCUGGACGCCUGCUACACGUCGGCGCCGCCCACGGGCAGCCGCGGCUGCCGGCUGUGGGAGGACUGGUGCACCGGCAUUCAGCAGGGCUGCCGCGCGGGGCGGUGGCGGGGGCCGCCGCCCUUUCAUGGGGAGGGGGCAGCAGCGGAGGUGUGA